CUUGGAUAUAUGCUUGGGGCUGUCUUUGGAGGAGCGCUGUUUGGAUCGAUUAUAACAGUUGUUUGUUUUAUGAUUUUUCGACGAAGAACUGCUGAACAGAAGAAAAGAGGGAUGGCAUUAGAUGCACCACAAAACAUAGCAGACAUGAGGGUAAUGGAGCAACUAGUCCAAGGUCACAGCAACAAGAAUAGAAUGACUUCCAACGAAAUAAAGAACGAAAUGACAAAAAGCCAGAAGGAAAGCACCCAGUUUAAUACAGAAGAAGGAGUAUACAAUCAUUUGAAUGCAACAGAGACCAUUGACAGAGAUGAAUACUACGACCAUGCUAGAGCAGACGCUCCGUUUAAAACUCAGUCUGAUACCAAUAGUGAUGACUAUGAUCAUGCAGGGCCUGUCCCCUCAACAGCAUCACAGUACGAUGGCUAUGGUGUCUGAAAACAAUGGGAAAAAUAAUGGUAUGGAAAGACUGGAAAAGGCGAACGGAAAUGAGUAAAGUGAAUGAGUGCGGAAUAUUUGUACUUGCAGGGGGAUAUCAUAUAUUACGUGGAAAUAAUAAGUUUCCAAGCUUGAAUUUCAGAAUCUGUAUAAUUAUUUUUUAAUAUCUAGAAAUAUUGAAAACAUUUAAUUGUGAAGUAGCUGCUUCUAAACCAGUCACUAUUUCUAUAAUAAAUGUAUUUAUUUUGAAACGGUGUGUGUG